CUCGUUCACAAGUGAGCUGACGAGGAAUUCUUCCUCCUCCUCCUCCUUGUCGCUUGCAUUCGCGGGCAAAGCGAAGAAAAUUAGGGUGUAAACAAAUAUAAAAAUAAAAAAGCUUCUUGGUUGGUGAGAAGAGGGGAGAGGAGAGGAGAAAAUAUUAGGCAAGCUCCUCGAAGUUUGACUGCUGCUGCUGCUGUUCCCUCCUGCUUAGCCCCCAGUCCAAAGUUGUUCUCUGCCCUUAUCUUUCUGCCUCCCCUUUCCCUGUCGCUUCCCGGAUCGGAGCUCCCUCCCCGGGACACUGCAGGGCUCUUGCCUCCGGAUCAGCUCGGAGAUAGGCAAGCAAUGAGGUGCCUGCCUUUCUUGCAUGGAGGGAUCAAAGAGGAGGAUCCCGUUACCAAGUCGGCCUCUGUACGGUCCUUCAGCACAACAUCGACGGAACGCGACGUCCGCUCUGGUUCAGACUUCAACUCCAUGAACGUCUCUGAUAUGAGCGCUGAAUCAAUACGGAGGAUGCAGUACCCCAGCUUCACUGACCGGCCUAGUAACCUCAGGGUUUUCUCCUUCUCUGAACUGAAGAAUGCCACCAGAAACUUCAGUCGGUCGCUCAUGAUUGGGGAGGGUGGGUUUGGCUGUGUGUAUAGGGGCACCACCAAGACCUCCGACGAACCUAGUGAACGAAUUGAGAUUGCUGUUAAGCAGUUGAAUCGUAAAGGACUUCAGGGGCAGAAGGAGUGGUUAACAGAAAUGAAUGUGCUUGGAAUUGUUGAGCAUCCGAACCUAGUUAAACUAAUAGGCUACUGCGCUGAAGAUGAUGAGCGAGGAGUACAACGACUUCUUGUGUACGAAUAUAUGCCUAAUGGAAGUGUGGAUGAUCACUUGUCGAGUAGAUCAACUUCAACUCUAUCAUGGCCGUUGAGACUAAAAGUAGCUCUUGAUUCUGCUCGGGGACUGAAGUAUCUGCAUGAAGAAAUGGAUUUUCAGGUUAUUUUUCGAGAUUUGAAAACAUCUAACAUUCUGUUGGAUGAGAACUGGAAUGCAAAAUUGUCAGACUUUGGUUUGGCUAGGCAUGGACCAUCAGAAGGUCUGACCCAUGUCUCCACAGCGGUAGUUGGAACUCUAGGCUAUGCAGCGCCUGAGUACAUGCAGACUGGACGCCUCACUGCAAAGAGUGACAUAUGGAGCUACGGCGUGCUUCUCUACGAGCUCAUCACUGGCCGCCGGCCCAUUGAUCGUAACCGCCCAAAGAGCGAGCAGAAGCUGCUGGAGUGGGUUAAACCAUACAUCUCUGACGUCAAGCGGUUCCCCAUAAUCAUAGACCCACGGCUCGAGGGGCACUACAACCUCAAGUCCAUGACAAAGCUGGCCACUGUCGCUAACCGCUGCCUUGUUCGGAUGCCAAAGUCCCGCCCAAAGAUGAGUGACGUGUAUGAGAUGGUACAGAAGAUUGUCGACAGCAUUGAGACCGGCACGCCACAGCCUCCUCUGCACUACCAUGGGUCGGUUUCUGAACCAGGUGCGAAGCGGACAAAGAAAGGGUCACUGAAGAGAAGGUUCCAAGAAUUCAAAUUUGGUUGCCGGCAAAUUGUAUGGCGUGGCUGGAAACCUGAGAUCAUAAAGACCUUCUGAAAAGAUGGUGCUCCUUGCUGUAAGUAUAGCUGUUCAUAGGGAUAAGGUUGUUUCUCUGUAUACUUCUUGUCGUUAGGGUGAGUUCAUACCAGGUGCGCAACUGAGUCGCGGUGUGCAACUUUUUAUCUUGUGUUCUAUGUAAUUCACCUGGUUCUGAGAAACACAAUGCGAGCUGCAAUAUGGUGAUCAGUAGGACCCUUGCGCCCUUGUGUUUUCAGUGCAAUUUCUGGCCUUUCCUUCUA